AUGGAUGAGUGGGAGAGCCAGUGGUUCUUCUUCGACGCCCAGCUACAUCCAGUCGAAGAUGGAGACGAGUCAGCUGUCGGGAUGUGGGAAGACUCGUACGCAAAGUUAGCCCAGGUCCGUGGACAUAUGUGUGUUCAACCGAUCGCGAUGAGGCCUCUGAGGCUUGCGAAUGGCAGUUUCCCAACCAUCGCACCGCGUGCUAGCCUCCACGGACCCAUCGACACGACAACAUUCCGUUUCAAGGCCGGAUCGCUGAGCAUUAACCAGCUAAAGUGCUGUGGCUUCGUCCGGUGUAGCACAUAUCUCGUACCGCCCCUUGGCAGAGACCCGACAUUUAAAGGCGGCCAGAUGUUCCACAUCCUAGUGUACUUGCCACACGAUCAGCAGCCUUGGAAAAGCCGUAUUGAUUGGAUGAAGAGCGCACCCGAAGGCGGCUUCGCAGCCAGAAAAUGGAUGUAUGGGAGAGGCAGCAUCGUCGGUGUGCUGAACCCUGCGCUGCUAGAGGAGGAGCUCCAGCCUGGUCAAGAUAUCCUAGUAGUGCUCGCGGAUGAGUUCGGCUUCAUAUCGAACGCUACGUUCGACAGUGCUGUAACGAUGAGGAAACAGUCUUCUCCACAGAACGCAAAGGCCGAACCGGGGAAACGACGAAACCCUUUCAGCAGCAGCCCGGUUGCUUCGCCAUCUAAACGCACCAAGGAUUCUUCGUCAAGUAGUCGGGCGAAUGAUGGCAUGUUAGAGGCCGUGGACGACCAAUACAUCCCUAUCGACCCGUGCCUUGCGCAGGAAUCCGCAGAUCACGAGACGGGAGCAAUAUUUCUAGCAGGUUAG